UGAAGUGUGCACGAUAAGCUGAAUGCCCAACGAGCAAGUCCUGCCACAGCAGUCGUGGCUGGGUGUGGCUGCUGCUGAUCUUGUUGAAUUUCUCCCUUGAAGAAGCGUGAAGCCCCAAGGGGUGCUGUUGAUUCUGUGGGAAGAUGUCCCUGUUCUCCGUGUACGAGCACAAAUUUGCCGAGAAGCUGACAAUUCUUAAUGAGAGGGGCAAGGGGGUGCUCAUCCGCAUAUAUAACAUCAAGAAGACAUGCAUGGAUUCCCAGACCAAGCUUCCUUUCUUCACGGAAAAGACAAUGGAGUCCUCUAUCAAAUAUAUCAACAAAAAGUUUCCCAACUUGGACACACGGAGCAGCACGCAACACUUGGGUCCAAUACACAAAGAGAAAGCAGACAUUUUUCGGGCACUCACUGUCUAUUAUCAGACUUUUGUGGAUGUCAUGGAAUUCCGGGACCAUGUUUAUGAACUGCUGAAUACCAUUGAUGCAAGCCAGUGCUACUUAGACAUAAACGUGAAUUAUGAUUUCACCAAGAACUACCUGGACUUGAUUGUCACCUAUGUUUCUGUCAUUGUACUUCUUUCCCGUAUUGAUGAUCGUAAAGCCCUGAUUGGUCUGCAUCACUGUACCCAUGAGAUGAUCCAUGGAACCAGUGAUGCUAGCUUCCGUCGAUUGGGUCAGAUGAUCAUCGAGUACGAGAACCCCUUCCGCAAGCUGGUGGAGGAGUUUGGACCUCAUACCAAGACUGUGAGCCACGCACUUCUUUCACUCCACUUCCUAUUUUCCCGUCGAAACCACUCUGUUGACCAGUGGCGAAGUGACCAGCUAUUCAGUUUGAUCAGCAACCCUGCCAACAUGCUGUCUCCUGCCAGUUCAGAGACGAUGGCCUGUGAAUACCUUUCACUGGAGACUCUUGAGCGAUGGAUUGUAAUGGGGUUCUUGCUCUGCCACAGUUGCCUGGGCUCUAUACAAAGCUGCCUGGAUCUUUGGCGGCUGGCUCUUCGAGGCUCACUCUACAUCACUCUGAUACGAGAUGAAGUGCUUUCUAUUCACAAAGUGACAGAGGAAGCCUUCAGUGGCAUUAAAGGCUAUGGGAAGCGUAUCACUGAUAUCAAAGACUGUAAAGAGCAUGCUCUGCAACAGAGCGGGCAACUACAUCGAGGCCGGCGUACUUACUUGAGGAAUGCUGUGCGGGAGAUGGAGGCCAUCCUGGCCAAUGAACCUGGACUUCUGGGCCCCAAGGCUGUUUACGUCUUCAUGGCUCUAUCUUUCUGCCGAGAUGAGGUUGCCUGGAUGUGCAAACACAGUGAGCAUAUCAGCAAGGGCAAGAACCAAGAGGAAUUCACUGACAGCUACUUGGCCGAGCUGCUGUUUCUGAUGGAAAGACUCCGCAAGCUGCUUAAACGGCACCAAAAUGUCAUCCAGCGGUACCAUGUACAGUAUUUGUCACGGUUCGAUGCCCAGGUGCUGGGUAAUGUCAUACAGGACCUGACUGUGUGCCCUGAAGAGGAAUCAGUGAUUAUGUCAGCUUUUGUCAACACGCUCACAUCCCUGACUGUCAAACAGGUUGAUGUCAAGGAGAAAUUUGAAUUCAAGGGACUGCGGUUAGAUUGGUUCAGACUACAGGCAUACACCAGUGUCACUAAGGCCCCAUUGCAACUGCGGGAGAAUCCUGACCUUGCCAAGGUGAUGAACCUCAUCGUCUUUCACACUAAGAUGAUGGACUCUGUAGAGGAGCUGACGGUGGAGACGUCUGACCUCUCCUUCUUCGGUUUCUACGUGCGCCACUUGGAGAAGUUAUUUGCGUCCUCCAUGGAGGAACCAUCCAUGUUGCGUUAUGUCAUUGCCUUCCCACUUCUGUGUGCUGAUUUCAGUCAUGCCAUCCAUCCACUGUGCCCUGAGGAGUAUCCUCAUCUGUGCAACUGUGCCUUGGCCAUAUGCAACAACUUCCUGGAAGAGAUUGCGAAGCAGACUUCGACCUGCAUCCUUGAUGCUUGUGCUGAACACUGUAAUCUGAGUGAGCAACUCUUACCGAAGCACUGUGCACCCACCAUCAGCAAGGCCCGAACCAAGAGGGCUCACAAAGGAUCCUCCAAAAAGGGAGAGCCAGAAAGAGAUAAACCUGGUGCAGAGAGCAUUCGGAAGGACCGCAGCCUGGUCACCAAUCUAGACAAGUUGCACCUGACUCUGACUGAGCUUUGCUGGAGCAUCAACCAAGUAGCCAACAUUAUUAUCUUUGAGCAUACAGUAACUCCAGUGGAGUAUCUCAGCAGCCAGCUGGAGGUCCGACUCAGCAGGUCUUUGGUGCGACUGGUAAAACCAAACCCAAAUUCUCCGGAGUUAGUGCGCCCCACAGAAGUAUUAGCAGGCGUGCAGGCCUAUUCUACUUUCCUGGUGUCCCUGAUGCAUCGCGUGGGAGUGGAUACUUCGCGCCUCCUCCGUGGUGUGCUGCUGCAGCACACCCAGCCGCUGGAUGCAAGUGGGGAGCAGACCAUCACCACACUCUAUACCAACUGGUAUCUGGAGUCACUUUUACGCCAAGCAAGCAUGGGAUCCAUUGUCCUUUCACCUUUAAUGAAAGCCUUUGUCAGUGUCCCCAAAGAAGGGGAGCAGAUCUUCAAUGCUGAAGAAUUUUCUGAUAUCUUAGAAAUGAGAGCACUGGCGGAACUCCUUGGUCCCUAUGGAAUGAAGUUCCUAAGUGAUAACCUCAUGUGGCAUGUCACCUCACAGAUGGUGGAGCUAAAGAAACUUGUGACUGAGAAUAUGGAUAUUUUGGUUCAGAUCAGGUCCAACUUCUGCCAUUCAGAGCAGAUGGCAACGCUAAUGCCCCGCCUAUCAGGUAUAGAGAACGUUCUAAAGAGGAUGACAAUCAUUGGGGAGAUUCUGUGGUUCCGAUCAAUGGCACAGGAGGGACUUCAAGAAGUUUUCACCAAUCACUGCCCUUUCCUGAUGGGACCCAUUGAGUAUCUGAAAGAAUUUUUCAAUCCUGAGAUGGACAUAAAGGUGACCUUGAGCAUCUUUGAACUAGCCACAGCUGCAGGGGUCCCCUGUGACAUCGACCCAGCCCUGGUGUCUGCUCUUUCCACCCUGAAGAAAGACAGCUCGUCCCCCGAGGAGGACUACAAGACAGCCUGCUUGCUUCUAGUCUUCAUAGCUGUGUCUCUGCCCCUCCUGGUCUCUGAUCCUUCCUCUGUUUACGUCACUGAGAUAGAUGGUUAUAACAACAAUAUCCACUGCCUUGCCAAAGCCAUCAUCCAGGUGUCAGCUGCCCUCUUCACCAUCUACAACAAAAACGUUGAGAGCCAUCUCAAGGAAUUCCUGAUUCUGGCCUCUGUUAGCCUCUCAAAGGGGGGCCAAGAAGUUGACCGGAUGAAAGCCAAGAAUUGGGAGUCCAUCUCACUGCUCCUGUACUUGCUGGUGGAGGAAUCAUCCUUCUUGACCAUUGAUAUGCUGGAGACCUGCUUCCCUUACGUGCUGCUGCGAAAUGCUUACCGCGAAGUCUCCCGGAACUCAGCUUUGAGUCGUCUCCCUGCACGCUGAGAAGCCUUACCUUCUGGUCCUCCGCCUGGAUCGCAGUUGCCUGCCAGCGCAUAAAGGCAGAACAUUUGGAAGGUGUGGAGAGGAAGGACAGUGGAUGCUUUGGCCAAGCUAUCUCUCUGACCCCUCAGCGUAUUGUCUAAGGGGAACAAAUCCCAGCUUCUUGAGUGCUUAGCUGACAUUUGAUGGGCUUUGUUUCAGCCAGUAUUACUACUGGUCUAAUGUGUAUAACCGUUUGAUGUUUGCCAAACCUUUUCUGGGUACUUAUUGCAGCUUUUGCAGCCUUUAAAAAAUUUCUGCCUUGACUGGCCAGCUCCAAAAUGAGCCCCCAAAUGCUCAUUCCAGUCACCUUUAUAAAAAGUAAGUCUAAAGAUUUUUAAACACACACUGAUUCUUUCCAUCUACCUAUUCUGAUUUCCCUUCUAUAAGUUUAAGUUGUAAGCUUCUUAAGGUAGGCACCAAUCUUGUAAAAAAAAUUAUAUAUAUAUUCAUUCAUUCCACAAAUAAAGUUGUGACCCUUAAGUCCUGUAAGUCAUCAAUGAUUACAAUAAUCACCCCUGAAAAAAACAGCCUAGAAUCUCUUAUUCCAAAUAUGUGUCAGAAAAUUUAACCAGUUUGUUCUUUUUUUUUCAUUUGAAAACAAUCCUGGGAAUUGUCACCAUGGAAAAGGGAAGACAUUCCUUAUACUAUUUACCCCUUAUGUCCUUCCCAGCCUGAAUGGCAUUUGCUGCACUGGCUGGAGACGGAAGCUGUAGUCCAAAGCUUUUAGACUGGGCUGAUGAUAGGGAGUAGUGAGUUAGGUUUACAUGUGCUAAGCCAUGGUUUCUUUAACAAACCACAGCAGCUGGAUCACACAAAACUAAUCUAAAAGCCAUGACAGAAGAAUGGUAGGAAUCUUGAUGACCCUCUAGUCAUGCUUGAUACCUUUGGGUAAUAAUAAAUUUGGAUCUACCCGCAAA